UCAACCUGUUUAUUUAUUAUUUGAGAGUCGAAAGGAUCAUAUCUGUAUAUAAUUUGUAUUAUCAAUUUUUUAUAUUGCUUGCGGUAACACUGAUGAAAUCGUUCACUGAAACUAUAUCGUCUUAACUCAACAUCCAAAAAAAAAAGAAGUACAUCAUUUGCAAAUUUUAAAACUGAAAAUUGUUUUCUUUAACCAUUUCUUUGUUUUGUUAAUUAUAAAUUGUUCGACAUGAUUUGGCAAAUGUUUUACGUCUUAAAUGGGGUGCUUUUGUUGUUUUUCACCUUAAUCAGUCUGGUAUUAUUUGGCCUUCGCAGAUGCCUUGAGAACCGUAAAGUGAAAUUGGGUGUACGCAAUGCGAAUAUUGUAAAUGUGGGCAUAUUUCAUCCAUAUUGUAAUGCCCAUGGAGGUGGGGAACGAGUGUUAUGGUGUGCUGUCAGAGCAUUGCAGGCAAAAUAUGAUAAUGUUAAAGUAAUUAUUUACACUGGCGACAUCGAAACAUCACCAAAGAAUAUAUUAGGAAAAGCUAAGGAUGUCUUUGACAUAAGCCUGGAUAAGGACAGCAUUACAUUUGUGUACUUAAAAUGUCGGCAUUGGGUUGAAGCGAAAAGAUAUCCAUAUUUCACAUUGUUGGGUCAAAGUAUUGGAUCCAUUAUUUUAGGCUUGGAAGGACUUUGGAAACAUCCACCAGAUAUCUAUAUCGACACAAUGGGAUAUGCUUUUACAUUACCUCUGUUUCGUUAUAUUGGACGCUGUAAAGUUGGAUGCUACGUUCAUUAUCCGAUUAUCAGUAUCGAUAUGCUAAGACGCGUCCAGCAACGAGAGUAUUCCCAUAAUAAUCGCAGUUAUGUCGUGCGCAACCCAUUUUUGACGUGGCUUAAGGUUACUUAUUAUAGAUUAUUCGCAAAGGUUUACGGUUGGGUUGGGCAAUGUUCAGAGACUAUAAUGGUCAACUCUUCGUGGACCGAAAAUCAUAUAUUAGACUUGUGGGAUGUCCCUUUUAAAACACAUCGAGUUUAUCCACCAUGUGAAGUACUGCAUUUAAAAAGUCUUGAACACAUCGAAAACUCAAAUGAAAUAAUAAUAUUAUCAAUAGGCCAGUUCAGGCCAGAGAAAAAUCAUCCACUUCAAUUACAAGCUAUGUAUGAAUUGCGCACAUUAUUGAACCGUAACGAAGGGAUGUGGACUCAAAUACAUUUGGUGAUCGUUGGCUCGUGUCGUAAUGAUGAGGAUUACGAACGUCUUAAAAACAUACAAGAUCUUACCAAACAUUUAUCUCUAGAGAAUAACGUCGAAUUCAAAGUUAACGUGCCCUACCUCGAGCUUAUUGAACUCUAUAAGAAAGCUAGCAUUGGCAUACAUACCAUGUGGAACGAGCAUUUCGGCAUUGGUAUUGUUGAAUGUAUGGCGGCGGGUAUUAUUAUGGUGGCACACAAGACUGGCGGUCCUCUAUUAGAUAUUAUUGAGACUUCUGAAGGAAGUCAAAACGGUUACUUAGCGGCUGAUGCUGUAGAAUACGCAAAUUGCAUUUUAAAUAUUAUACGCAGCAAGAAGGAGGAAAACGAUAUGAUACGCGAUGCAGCACGGGCAUCUGUUGAAAGGUUUUCAGAAAAAGAAUUUGAAGUGAAUUUCCUUCGUGCAAUCAUUCCCCUCUUUAAUCAAAGCAUUUGAUUAAAAAAUGUUUCACGUACAUAAAAAGGAACGUAAAUCUCAUGACAUCGCAUAUCCUGG